AUGGGGAGUAAACCGGUAGUCUUUAUCGAUACUCCUGGUAUCGACGAAACCUACAUGCCGUCCACUAAUAUUCUGCUGAUGAGCAUUGGGGCCUCAUUUAUCAGCAGUAAUGAACGAAAUAUUGACACUAUCCUCUACCUACACCGGAUUUCCGACAAUCGAAUGUCUGGGCCAGCAUGGCGAAGUUUCGAAUCAUUCACGAGCCUGUGCUCCCAGACGAAAAUGCCGCAACUUGUGUUGCUGACGACGAUGUGGACACAUGUUUCUCCACAGGUUGGGACAAAUAGGGAGGAGCAGUUGACGAGCGACUUCUGGGGCGACAUGAUCAGGAACAAGUGUCUAGUCAAGCGAUUUGACGACUCACAUGAAUCUGCCUGGAAGAUCCUUGAGCCCAACGACAAGACAUCCGCUAUCAAAGAUCAUGAACAUGAUAUCAAUACCCAAGACACCGAUACUAGCAUAGCUCUCAACAAACAGCUGGAAAUACAAUCAUCAGA